CGCCCGAAGCGCACCCAGCAGGCAAAGCGAGGCGGCCGCGGCCCGGCGGGCGCUGGGAGGCGAGAGCCGGUGCGGGCAGCAGGCGGCAGCGGCAGCUCGGCGGCGGCGGUGGCGAGGAUGCUGACCGGGAGGCUGUGCUGGGUGCCGCUCCUGCUGGCGCUGGGCGUGGGGAGCGGCAGCGGCGGCGGCGGCGGGGGCAGCCGGCGGCGCCGCCUCCUCGCCGCUAAAGUCAACAAGCACAAGCCAUGGAUCGAGACCUCAUAUCAUGGAGUCAUAACUGAGAACAAUGACACAGUGAUUUUGGACCCACCACUUGUAGCCCUGGAUAAAGAUGCGCCAGUUCCUUUUGCAGGGGAAAUUUGCGCGUUCAAGAUCCACGGUCAGGAGCUGCCCUUUGAGGCCGUGGUGCUCAACAAGACAUCAGGUGAGGGCCGGCUGCGCGCCAAGAGCCCCAUCGACUGCGAGCUGCAGAAAGAGUACACGUUCAUCAUCCAGGCCUACGACUGUGGCACGGGGCCCCGAGAGACGGCCUGGAAGAAGUCGCACAAGGCCGUGGUCCAUAUCCAGGUGAAGGACGUCAAUGAGUUUGCUCCCACCUUCAAAGAGCCAGCCUACAAGGCGGUGGUGACAGAGGGCAAGAUCUAUGACAGCAUCCUGCAGGUGGAGGCCAUGGACGAAGACUGCUCCCCUCAGUACAGCCAGAUUUGCAACUAUGAAAUCGUCACAACUGACGUGCCUUUUGCCAUUGAUAGAAAUGGCAACAUCAGAAAUACCGAGAAGCUGAGCUAUGACAAGCAACACCAGUAUGAGAUCCUGGUGACCGCCUAUGACUGUGGACAGAAGCCCGCCGCUCAGGACACGCUGGUGCAGGUGGAUGUGAAGCCAGUUUGCAAGCCUGGCUGGCAAGACUGGACCAAGAGGAUUGAGUAUCAGCCUGGCUCGGGGAGUGUGCCGCUUUUCCCCAGCAUCCACCUGGAGACGUGCGAUGGGGCCGUGUCCUCCAUCCAGAUCACCACGGAGCUACAGACCAAUUACAUCGGCAAGGGCUGCGACCGGGAGACCUACUCUGAGAGAUCCCUUCAGAAAUUAUGUGGAGCCUCCUCUGGCAUCAUCGACCUCUUGCCAUCUCCCAGCGCCGCCACCAACUGGACAGCAGGGCUGCUGGUGGACAGCAGUGAGAUGAUCUUCAAGUUUGAUGGCAGGCAAGGCGCCAAGAUCCCUGAUGGGAUUGUGCCCAAGAACCUGACAGACCAGUUCACCAUCACCAUGUGGAUGAAACACGGCCCCAGCCCUGGUGUGAGAGCUGAGAAGGAAACCAUCCUCUGUAACUCAGAUAAGACUGAAAUGAACCGGCAUCACUACGCCCUGUAUGUGCACAACUGCCGCCUGGUCUUCCUCUUGCGCAAGGACUUCGACCAGGCCGACACCUUCCGCCCCGCAGAGUUCCACUGGAAGCUGGACCAGAUAUGUGACAAAGAAUGGCAUUACUAUGUCAUCAAUGUGGAGUUUCCUGUGGUUACUUUGUACAUGGAUGGAGCAACGUAUGAACCCUAUCUGGUGACCAAUGACUGGCCCAUUCAUCCAUCUCACAUAGCGAUGCAACUUACUGUCGGCGCUUGUUGGCAAGGAGGAGAAGUCACCAAACCGCGGUUUGCUCAGUUCUUCCACGGCAGCCUGGCCAGUCUCACCAUCCGCCCUGGCAAAAUGGAGAGUCAGAAGGUGAUUUCCUGCCUGCAGGCCUGCAAGGAGGGGCUGGAUAUUAAUUCCCUGGAAAGUCUUGGCCAAGGAAUAAAGUACCACUUCAACCCCUCGCAGUCCGUUCUGGUGAUGGAAGGUGACGAUAUUGGGAACAUCAAUCGCGCCCUCCAGAAGGUCUCCUACAUCAACUCCAGGCAGUUCCCGACGGCAGGUGUGCGGCGCCUGAGAGUCUCUUCCAAAGUCCAGUGCUUUGGAGAAGAUGUGUGCAUCAGUGUCCCCGACGUGGAUGCCUAUGUGAUGGUGCUACAGGCCAUAGAGCCCCAGAUCAGCCUCCACGGCACCGACCGCCUCUGGAGGCCCGCAGCCCAGUUUGAAAGUGCUAGAGGGGUGACCCUCUUCCCCGACAUCAAGAUUGUGAGCACCUUCGCCAAAGCUGAGGCCCCGGCCCCCAAAUCAGCAGUCUUAGAAGAAAUGCUUCAUAACCUAGAUUUCUGUGACAUUUUGGUACUUGGAGGGGACCUGGACCCAAGACAGGAAUGCUUAGAGCUCAAUCACAGUGAGCUCCAUCAGCGACACCUGGAUGCCACUAACUCCACCGCAGGCUACUCCAUCUAUGGUGUGGGCUCCAUGAGCCGCUAUGAGCAAGUGCUGCAUCACAUCCGCUAUCGCAACUGGCAUCCGGCUUCCCUGGAGUCCCGGCGGUUCAGAAUCAAGUGCUCAGAACUCAAUGGACGUUAUACCAGUAAUGAGUUCAACCUUGAGGUCAGCGUCCUCCAUGAGGUCAGAAUCUCAGACAAGGAGCAUGUCAGCCACCUUAUCGUGCAGCCUCCCUUCCUGCAGUCUGUCCACCACCCUGAGGCCCGAAGUAGCAUCCAGCGCAGUUCAGUGGUCCCAAGCAUCGCCACAGUGGUCAUCAUCAUCUCCGUGUGCAUGCUGGUGUUUGUCGUGGCCAUGGGCGUGUACCGGGUCCGGAUUGCCCACCAGCACUUCACCCAGGAGACUGAGGCUGCCAAGGAGGCUGAGAUGGAUUGGGACGACUCUGCGCUCACUAUCACAGUCAACCCCAUGGAGAAACAUGAAGAACCAGGGCAUGGGGAAGAAGAGACUGAGGAGGAAGAAGAGGAGGAAGAAAUAGAAGAUGUGAGCUCCAGCAGCAGUGACUCAGACGACAGCGAAGAGGAAGAAGAGGAGGAAGGGAUGGGAAGGGGCAGACAUGGGCAGAGUGGAGCCAGGCAAGCCCAGCUGGAGUGGGAUGAUUCUGCCCUUCCCUACUAGUGCCCAUCUGUCUGCUUCUACCCACACGUCCCUUUUGUAAGCCUCACCCCAAUGUACACCCAAGUCUAUCACAUGUCGCCUCUGACUUCUAGGACAGGUCUGGGCAGACCUUCCCCAGUGUCCUGGAAGCCACCCUUUAUGCCUUGGGCACUCCCCAUGUCCCAGCCCCAGGGCAGUUCCAAGAAGCCCAGGGUCAUCAUUAGUGGGGACUUUGGGGUGGACUUUGUCCUGAACCCCCCCUGGGCCCACCCAGCAUCCUGACAGCCAGUCUGCAGAGUUCUGCCUUUUUUCCUCUGCAGGGGAGAAAGUAAGCCUUUAUGUCACUCACCUUCCCCAGGCUCCCCAUGCCCAGGGACCUUGGGUUCCAGCUCACUGUGCGUGCACCUGACCCAGUCUCCUCUUCCACACAGACCAGCAGGUUCUCCUUACCUGAGUCUUCAGGUGGCUUCACACAGGCAAGGUGGUCAGACUUCACACACAAGAUGUCUAAGUCCUUAACACUUGAAAGUCCGUGUUGGGGCAAAAUUAAACGUAUAGGGAAAGGUUCACACACAGGCGCGUGCACACCCACAUGCAUACGUAUACUCUCCGCAGUUUGGAGAGCCUUUCCCUUUGUCCUUUGGGAGGCCACAUAAGCUUAAAUGAAAAGUCCAAAACCAAGAGUAGGUCCCUGGCCACAGCAGGACCUGAUCCCCAGCCAAAGCUAUCUGCAAACCUACCUGCCUUGGUGCCCUGCUGGGGGCUGCCACCACAGGACAUCGCAGGAACCAGGAAACAUGCCACAGAGGCACUGCGCCAGGUGACAACAUGACAAGCCUGUAGCCAGGGACCAAAAGGAAGGGCUGAUGAGAUGAGCAGCUGGGCAUCAUGGUGGGCACAGAUCUGGGGGACAGGGGUAGAUGGGGUCUCCCCAGUCAAAGGUCAAGAAGGCGCUCAGCAUCUAGUCUAGGGUCCGUCAUCACCCGUUUCACCCUGUUUUUCCUCUUAAGAAAAUACAUUCCUUUUGGAUGUCUUAGAACAAGAUUGAACUGUGCCGAAUCUAAAAUGAAAGUUUGGAGAUUUGAAUGCUAGGAAUUAGAAGCACAUCUGUGGUAUAACAGCCGCUGCUUUAUUCUCAUAAAAGGAGCAAUGCUUUGGGUGGAGAGCAAAUAGAUCUGAAAACCUAAUUUCUUUCUUAUUUUAAUAAGAAAAUCUUUUCCACCUCCAUCCUAAUGUGGACACCUCAUAAGGAGAACUGUUGCUAUAGUAACUCAUCUGUGCUCUUUUGUGACCAAGAGAAUUGCAGGCAAGAAACAGGCCAUUCUAGGACUUCCACAAGGCUCUGAGACCAUCUUUGUUUUGAAUGUCUCUGCCUUUGUCUUCGGUAUGUACAAUCUGUUCUCAUCCUUCCAACCUCCCCCACUCCGCAUAUUGGCAUAGGCACAGAGCUGGCCCCUAGUCACAGUGGCAUUCAGGUUCAAAAGAAAGUUGAGAAUCUGUUCAUUCUAUUUACCAUGUCACCAAAACAGAGCAUAAAGGGGACCAUCAUCAAUGUCCUCCACCCAGUGAGGAUCCGUGACAGGCCUUUGCAACCUUCUGAUUCAAGAAAACUACCUUAAGCAGCUUUUUCCACCACUGAAAGUGGUUUUUGCAGAUCUCUUCCCUCCUUUAAGCCUCACAAUAAUUAUAUCAGGGAGUUGGGACAUCUAUUGUCAGGAACAUUUCCACUAUGAAGAAACUGAGGUUCAGAGAUUGAACAUCUAGCUCAGAAUCAUUCAGAGGUAUAGACAAGACUAGACUCCCCACCGUCCACUAUCGGUCCAGUGCCCACCACCCUACUUACACUUAUGCAGCUAAUAGGCAUUGCUGAUGACCUACUGUGUGCUGUCAGCCAGCAGCCACAGGAAAUGAUAAAGCUGAGGGAGAUGAGCUCCUCCCCUCAGAGGAUGUAAUAGUUGCAGAGGAGAAACAAAUAGGCAGAGAAGUUAUAUAAGACAGACAUAGAAUGGGGAGAGAAGUCACAGGGAGAAGUUAAACAAUCACAACUCUUGUUUUUCCCUUUUCAGGGAAAAAUGCAGAAGUUUGGGAUUUUAUAUUCAUUGAAUGGAAACAGACAUGUCUGUGAAUUCUCCCAACCAUAAAAAAAAAAAAAAAAAAAAA